AUGGGUGACAUUGCGGAACAGGCUAGUCCAGACACUCUGGAUGCCCAGCUUGUCGCGCUCAAUAGUAGCUCUACGAACAUCCGCAUCGAGGCCCUGCGGAAACUGCAGCACGCGAUUCAAGCCGAUGGUGACACCAUCUCGGCAGACCACACGAUUGUCCUGCCUGCUCUGCUUGCGACCUAUCCUCGAUAUCCAGAUCGAAAGUCUCGCCGUGCGGUGCAGUCAUGCCUCCGAGCAUAUCUCACAACUUCAUCGUCUGCUAGUGUUGUCUACUCUGCGAUCACGAAAUUCUUGGGCCAAGAAAGUCAAAAGGCGGCUAUAGCACCUGGAAAUGCCUUUGUCUUGCUUGAAUGGUGCUGCCUUGUUCAGCAGGAAAUCCGACACCAUGAAAAGUCGUUUGCACUGUUCUUUGGCAAGUUAUGCAUAGCCGCAGCUCGUCUGUUGGACAAGUGCGAGGACAAAGUGGUCCGUGGUGGAGUACAAGACUCGGCUUUGACUAUCGCCAGACGAGGUUUGCGCGAUGUAUUCAAAACAGACCGAGGUGAGAAGGCGCUGCAGCUGGCCCUCCAGGACGUUGCGAGCUCCAGCGAUUCGAAUGCCAGUCAUGGGCCGUACCUGGGCGUCAUCGCCGGCGUCAGCGCCCGUAUCCCGGAGAGAAAAGAGCAGCUCCUGGGUCUCAAGAAACACGUCCUUGAUUUUUACCUCAAGUCCAUCGUCGGCUCCAAGACUGCAGUGCCAUUCCAUGAAUCAAUGGGCCUGAAAGAUUUCUUCCUCGACUUCGUCACUGCCCAAGAUGUGGGCGAGGUCGUGAUACCUGCGAUCGAGAAGUCGAUCUUAAGGUCACCUGAGGCGAUCUUGCAAGGAACCGUGGAAGCGCUGUCUCAAUGUUUACCGACAAAUGUUGAUAUCUCAGGGGUCGUCAGUGCAAAACUGGUGAAACCGCUGUUAUCAGCCAUGAACUCUACCAAUGCAACUAUCCGUGACGGAGCAGGUAAAGCACUGUCCGCGCUGGUUGGCAGAGGCGGAUCAGCAGACUCUUUACAAAAGAUCGCGGGAGAACUCGGAGCGGCAAUCAAGGCUUCCAAGGCAGGAAGCUUUGAACUUCGUGGCAUUCUUGCCGAUGUCCUGCUAAAGAUAGCCCCAGAGACCAAGACAUCGGCAGUCAUUGCGCAGGCCAUCGUCCCUGCUGGGUCCAAGGAAGCUAACGAAGGAGCUUUGAGAAAAGAGCUGGCUGCACUUGCUCCUCACCUGCAGCUUCUUGUUGCCUCGGCGGCUCUUGACAAGUCUCUUUCAGACCCAGUGCUGAAGGGCUGUGCCGACAAAAGACUUCCCUUUCGCAAACUGUGGGUUUUGUGCCUUGCAACUGUGCUCAAACACCUCCACACUGUUUCUGCCGAGCAAUCAUCACAAGAUUUUGUCAAGGCGGCUCUGAAAGUGCUGAGGGAGGUACAUGAGGAAGUUGCGUCUAAUCCACUACCGGCGACUCAGAAUGGCUACGUUGCCGCAGGGUUCGGUCUUCCCGGACUGCUUGACGCACCGAUUCUGAUGGCAGAGGAGUACAAAUCCAAUUUUUACGACGAACUCCGGAACCAAUCUCUGGCUGUUCAACCCAGGCUAUCUUUCAUACUCAAUCCAAAGGUCUACACCCGGCUCACAGCAGGGGAUGAUUGCCAUUGGGCGCUCUACGCGCUGACAAACCUGGCUGGUAGUCUUGAGAGAGCGUCAAAGGAAGCGAAAACAGCAUGGGCCACCGCCGUGUUACACCUAAUGCUCACUCCGGAGGUCGAUUCUACAGUCCGAAAAGAGACCGGAGUUGCUUUGUCGCAUGCUUAUACAGAGCAUCCUGCCUCGGUAGGCGAAAGCAUAGUCCUUGGUAUCUGGGAUGUGCUUCGAAGCCGCGCAAAGGAGCUUGCUGAUGAGGCCGAGCAUUCCCUAAGUGAUAAUCGUCUGUUGGUAGCGGUGAAAUGCAUCAGCUACUCGAAGGAUGAGCUCGGAUCCAUUCCUUCGGAAAGAGCAUCUGAGAUUCUCAAGAGCCAAGCCACCUCUACCAUAGCACUGUUACGCCCGGAGCUGAUUGCUAACGCUGACUGGAUCGCUACCUGCCUCGCGACCGGCGUUGAUCCCGGAGAACUUGCGGCAGAGCGGCAGGAAUCGCUUUUCAAGGAGAUCCUAGCACAAUUUGAGCCUGGCAAAAUGGCAUCGUUGAAUAUCUUUGAAGUUGCAGCUUGCAAUGCUGCGGCUACUUUGGCAUUCGUGGCGCCAGAGACGUUAACACCGGCACUGAUCCACCAAUUCCAGAGUGACUUGGACUCUGCCCAGCUGGAUGGUGUAGGCCCAACUGAGGCCCUGAUCGCUCGCGCCCCUGAGGGUACCCUCGUCAUAGAUGUUCUCGGUUCGCAAACGAAUGGCAUUUUAGAGAACAAGAACCAGAAAGACUAUGACACCCUGAAAUGGGAGGAAGAAAUGCGUGCGCAGUUGGCAAAGAAGAAAGGGGCUCCUCAGAAGAAGUUGACCCCUGACCAGCAAGCAAAGGUCGAUGCUCAGCUUGCACAGGAAACGGAAACCCGAGCAAGAGUCAAAUUUCUCUCAAGUAAGCUAAGAAGGGGUGCAAAAUUUAUCGAGGGUCUCGCUCGAGGUCCGCCAACCGACCCAGGAAGUUGGAUGUCUCCAGCUAUUACCGCCUUGACCCGAGCACUCGAAGAGGGUGCGGCACUCAUCGUCGAUGAUGAGAUUGUCUCAUCGUAUCUGGCUUGCUCGGACAAGAUAUCGGAUCGGCUUGGUACCAUGCGUCCGUUUGUCGGCGUUGCCACUUUGAGGUCUCAAGGGAAUGCAAACAUUCCAGAACAUCUUUCUGUUGAGCCUUUGGCGGAGCUCGGGACCAGAGUCCUCUACAGACUUCGAUUCGCUGCUGAGCAACGUCCUUUCGAUACCGCAACUACCGCCUACGCUCUGCCGCUUAUCUUUUCUGUCCUGGAAAAUGGCAAGAUUGGAGAAGUGGCUGCGGACGAUGCGGAUGCACAAGUCCUCCUCGCCCUUGAGUUCUUGUCCUUUCAGAUGGGAUCAGCUGCAGACGAGCACCUUCCAAGAGCUCAGAUCCUACGCCACUUGAUCGGCGCCAUGCAAAGAUAUACCCAGCACUAUCGGACCAUUAGAGAUUGCUUUUCUGAACUCUGUCGCUCGAUUUCGGAGAACAUUUCUGCCGAAGAGAGGGAUAUCCUUCUUUCAGCCUUGGUCGUUCCCGAGUCGACCGUUCGGUCUGCGGUGCUACAAUCAAUUCACUCAGAUAUUGACCUAUCUGAGAUUGACCACUCCGUUCAUUUGUGGAUCGCUUGUCAAGAUGACGAAGACGAAAAUGCCGAUCUCGCGCUAGCCAUCUGGGAUGAGGAGGAAUUCAGCGUGACUGACGAAUUGGUCGAGAACAUACCCGAUUUCCUAUUUUCAGCUGCACGGUCGACUAGGACGGCCGCAUCCAAGGCUCUCGCUCAAGCACUCCUUCAGAUACCUGCAAAGACUGAUUCAAUAUUGGUAUCUCUUCAAAAGUCAUACCGCACCGAGAGUCAACCGCUUGUUCCAAAGCGGAACAAAUUCGGCAUUAUCCAGAAAGGAGAGUUGAUCGAUCAAUGGGAGAAGCGGAGUGGCCUUGCUCUCGCUUUCAAGGAGCUGUCUUCAGUUCUCCACACAGAGGCUCUGGUCCCAUUCAUGAACUUCCUUGUCUCAGACGGGGCCCUCUCCGAUCGGAAUGCUACUGUGCGCUCAGAAAUGGUCGCUGCUGGCACUGCCAUCGUGGCAGCUCGAGGGAAGGAUUGUCUUGAACCUCUAAUGGGUUUGUUUGAGAGGGUCUUGCAAGGGCCAGAUAAAGGGACUCAAGAAGCAGAUUGGGUUAACGAAGCCGUGAUUGUUCUGUAUGGAUCUUUAGCGAGGCACCUUCCCGACGGCGACAAGCGAACCGGCAGCGUUAUCCAAAAGCUACUUGACACGUUGAGUACGCCAUCUGAGUCUGUCCAAUUUGCUGUGGCGAAUUGCCUGCCUCCCCUGGUCCGUCCCGCCAGCGUUGAAGCCGGGCCCUAUGUUGCCGCACUUCUCGAUCAACUAUUCCAAAGCAAGAAGUAUGCCGCUCGUCGAGGUGCAGCAUACGGUUUGGCAGGCAUCGUCAAGGGCAAGGGCGUUGCAGCUCUGCGGCAAAACAGGAUAAUGAUGGCGUUACGGAGCGCGACCGAAGACAAAAAGAGCCCAGAGAAGCGGCAAGGCGCAAUGAUGGCCUACGAGCUAUUGUCAGCGCUCCUGGGACGGACCUUUGAGCCCUACGUGAUCGAAGUACUUCCACAACUACUGACCUGCUUCGGUGACCCUGUCGCGUCUGUCCGUGAGGCUUGCUUGGACACGGCCAAGACGUGCUUUGCAAGCCUGAGCUCGUUUGGCGUUUCUCAAGUGUUGCCUCAGUUGCUUGAGGGACUAGACGAGACGCAAUGGCGGAGCAAGAAAGGAGCUUGUGAUCUCUUGGGCGCCAUGGCCUAUCUUGACCCUCAGCAACUGGCCACAAGUCUGCCAGAGAUCAUCCCGCCCCUGACGGCUGUGCUUACAGACAGUCACAAGGAAGUCCGAGCCGCUGCCAACAGCAGUCUCAAGAGAUUUGGCGAAGUCAUCACCAACCCGGAAGUUAAGAGUCUCGUUGACGUCUUACUGAAAGCACUAAGUGAUCCAACCAAAUACACCGAAGAGGCGUUGGACGGAUUGAUCAAAGUCAAUUUCAUCCAUUAUCUCGAUGCCCCAUCACUGGCACUUGUUGUCAAGAUCCUGGAGCGUGGCCUCAACGAUCGCUCGGCGACCAAGCGAAAAGCUGCCCAGAUCAUUGGCAGUCUGGCACAUCUGACAGAGAAGCGAGAUAUCGUCACUCAUUUACCCAUCCUCGUCACAGGCCUGAGGCUCGCAUCAAUCGACCCAGUGCCCGCAACACGCGCGACUGGCUCAAAAGCACUCGGCAGCUUGGUGGAGAAGUUGGGUGAAGACGCAUUCCCAGACCUGAUACCGAGUUUGAUGGCCUCGCUCCGCACAGACACGGGCGCAAGCGAUCGGCUUGGGUCUGCCCAAGCCCUCAGUGAAGUCCUUGCUGGGCUUGGAACCAGUCGUCUGGAGGAAACUCUACCAUCUAUCUUGCAAAACGUGGCCAGCCCCAGAGCAACCGUCAGAGAAGGAUUCAUGACUCUGUUCAUCUUCUUGCCGGCCUGUUUUGGCAACAGCUUUGCCAACUACCUUGCACAAAUCAUCCCUUCGAUCCUCAGUGGUUUGGCCGACGACGUCGAGGCCAUCCGUGAGACUGCUCUUCGAGCAGGACGAUUGCUUGUCAAGAACUUUGCAACCAAGGCCAUCGACCUGCUUCUACCUGAAUUGCAACGCGGUUUGGCCGAUGACAGUUACCGCAUUCGUCUCAGUUCAGUCGAACUCGUCGGUGAUCUCCUGUUCAACCUCACCGGCAUCAGUGCUCAAGCAGAAGCCGAAGAAGAAGGCGAACACGCAACCCAAGCAGGACAAUCGCUCCUCGAAGUCUUGGGCGAAGAGAGGCGCAACAAGGUCCUGUCCUCCCUCUAUAUUUGUCGUUGCGACACUUCUGGACAAGUCCGAGCAGCUGCCAUUGCUGUUUGGAAGGCCCUUGUUGCAACACCAAGAACUCUCCGCGAAUUGGUGCCGACGCUUUCUCAAAUGAUCAUUGCACGCCUUGCAUCCUCGAACAUGGAGCACAAGGUCAUUGCUGCCAAUGCUCUGGGUGAAGUGAUUCGCAAAGCUGGGGACGGCAUCUUUGCUACCUUGCUGCCGUCGCUUGAGGAAGGCCUGCAAACCUCGACCGACUCAGACAAGCGGCAAGGUAUCUGCAUCGCUCUCAGGGAGAUUGUCAAUGCUGCUUCACCGGAUUCUCUGGAAGACCAUGAGAAGCAAUUGAUUUCCAUAGUCCGCCUGGCGCUUACAGAUUCUGACCCCGAAGUCCGUGAGGCAGCCGCCGAAUCCUUCGAUUCACUGCAACAGACGUUCGGUAAGAGAGCAGUCGACCAGGUGUUACCACAUCUGCUCAAUUUGUUGCGCACCGAAACCGAGGCCGAAAAUGCCUUGUCGGCAUUGCUUACCCUGCUCACAGAGGCAACGAGAGCUAAUGUUAUCCUGCCCAACCUCAUACCCACGCUGCUCACGAACCCCAUUACUGGAUUCAAUGCUCGUGCUCUCGCGUCUUUGGCUAAAGUUGGAGGAGCAAGCAUGGCUCGCAGGCUACCCACAGUCCUGAACAGUCUCGCGGAUAACAUAGUCAUGUGCAAGGACGAUGAACUUCGAGGCGAGCUGAAUGAGGCCUUCAGCGCGGCUCUGUCGUCUGUCGACGAGUUCGACGGCCUCAACACCGCCAUGAGCGUCAUGCUAGCAAUGAUCAAACACGACGACCAUAGAAGACGCGCGCUGGCAGCAAAUCACCUGGCCACAUUCUUUGCCAACCCGGUCGUGGACUAUUCCCGCUACAACCAGGACCUCAUCCGCGUCCUUCUCAUUUCUUUUGGCGACCGCGAUCACGAAGUCGUCAAAGCCGCCUGGUCUGCGCUGAGCCAAUUGCAGUCACAUCUACGCAAAGAAGAAAUGGAAUCACUCGUUUCCUCGACCCGUCAAGUGCUCCAACAAGCCGGCACGGCAGGAUCAGUCCUACCCGGCUUUGCUCUGCCCAAGGGUAUCCUCCCCGUCCUUCAAAUCUUCCUCCAAGGCUUGAUGAACGGCACGACCGAGCAGCGAGUCCAAUCCACCAUGGGAAUAUCCGACAUUAUCGAGCGCUCCAGCCCCGAUGCCCUGAAACCCUUUGUGACGCAGAUCACGGGUCCGCUCAUUCGUGUUGUAGGCGAGCGAUCCAUGGACGUCAAAUGCGCGAUCCUCUCCACUCUGAAUCUCUUGCUCGAGAAGAUCCCUACUUUCCUUCGGCCCUUCCUGCCACAACUACAACGCACCUUCACCAAGUCCAUUGCCGACCCGACGAGCGAUCUCCUGCGCACCCGCGCGACAAAGGCUCUCAGUACAUUGAUCACGCUCACACCGCGCGUGGAUCCCCUGAUUGCCGAACUCGUCACGGGCGCGAAAACACCAGACAGCGGUGUUCGCAACGCCAUGCUCAAAGCUCUUCAGGAAGUCGUCAGCAAAGUCGGAUCGAACAUGUCGGACGCCUCGCGCGAGUCGAUCCUGGGCUUAAUGGAUACCCUGCAACACGAUACACAGGAUGAUACCAUGAUGUUUACCAAUGCCAGACUUCUUGGCGCGAUGAUCAAGGUCCUUCCAGCGGAAAAGGCCAGCGGACUGAUCAAGACCCGGGUCCUCGUCCAACCGAGCACCAAUGCCUCCAUCCUGGCUUUGAACGCUGUGCUGCUGGAGAGCGCGUCAAGUCUCACCGAAGAUCCAUCCUACGCAGAAGAUACGCGCCACGUCCUAACCAGCGGCCUUGCCGGCAAGGGUGGCACAUUCGUCCAACAAAACGCGGUCCUCGCGGUAGGGAAAUACAUCCUCUCGCUCCCCUCCACGGUCUUCAACAGCACGCCAGACGUAGAGAAGGAAUGUAUACCGCUCUUUGAGUCGCUCGCCGCGGUCCUUCCUCCAGGAGGGGACAUUGACUCGCGCCGCCUCGCACUGGUUGUCAUGCGCACAAUCUUCCGGCACCAUGGGGAUUCAUUACGCUCGAGUCCUACCCUGUUAAGCACCCUCGUGCCGCCCGUCUUCGCCAGUGUUCGCGAUGUGGUCAUCCCCGUGAAGCUCGCCGCGGAAGCUGCCUUCCUCGAACUAUUCAACGUCGUCGACGAAGAGAGCGCCAUAUUCGACCAGUACAUGCAAUCCGAGAGUGGAGGGAAGAAGCUCGGCGUCGGACCGAGCAGAGCGAUGGGCGAUUAUUUCAAGCGCGUGGCCUUGAGGCUGGGGGCACAGGCGCGGGAGAGAAGAGAGGCCGAAGGAGGUGUCAAAGGGGGGUUAGGACUGAGUGGUGACGAGGAGGAGGACGAGCGGGAGGUGUGGAGUGUUGGGCGGGUGGAUCUGGCCGACGAGGCAAAGGGAGAGGAAUAG